AUGAUCAGUGAUGGACCGCCCCUUGCAACUUUCUUGUCCCAGUUGCGCGCAAUCCCCACACUUGCCCAGGUGGUGGAAUACUCCAAUGUGUUGACGCCCGUGUAUUCACAAAUCGCCGCGUCCAAGUACCAAGGUGCCCGCCCACCCAUUUCCACAACUUCACCUUCUGGCUCGCGAACCUCUUUUCUCUUCCACCUGCCACCUUCAUCAGCACAUGUUACCAUUACGUUUGGUACCUACGCAGAAACUCGCUCCCUGACUGCCUUCUUACAGUCCUCCGGCAUCAUCGCAAGGACAUGGAGAGACCCUCUCCGUUCGAGGCCAUUCGAAACGCAUCUAACCAAGGAGGACACAGAGAUUUCGAUAACUCUUCCCUCUGUGGCAGAAAGCAAUCAAGCCGUCAGUAUGGACGCACAACCCAAAUCAUCCCACGACGCAGAAAUGGUGCAGAUGCCCAUGCAAGCCUUUCAUCGAUUCCCUGCACUGCCGACUGAGAUACAAAGAUUCAUCAUCAAGGCUGUGGCCAGCAAGCACUACAGUCCCCCAAUCUCCGAUCCUAUACAGAGCACAUGUCCCAACCUCCGGCCUAAAGGUGGGCGUCGCCGCGAGGCUCAGGCUACUCUUGCCAACGCGUGCUUGGUCUCGAAGCAUUUAAAAGCCCUAGCACAACCUCUGCUCUAUAGACAUUUUUGUCUUUCCAUAUCGUGGCCCUCAAAAAAUCUCAAGUUCUGUAGCAAAGAUUUCUUAGCCCUCGCCAACUUUGUUGCCACCAUCAACGAUAAACCAAUCCUCGCCAACAUGGUCCGUGAAGUCGAGAUUAUCGAGAAUCGCAUUUCAGAAUCAGUUGAUGAUUCCAGUGCCUUUGGUCCGAUUCCCACAGAUCUCAAAGCUCGUCUCCACGAAGUUGAAGCCGACGGCCACAAGUUCGACUCGACUCGCUUUAUCAAAGACAUGGGCCCCGCAGCACUAUGUGCCUUGAUCCAGAUUCUUGUCCUCAAAGCUCGCAAGAUUGAACUGCUCAAGCUGGUGUUGCUCAAUGAAACCGACACGGUUGUCUGGCGGCCGCUGCUCGAACAUAUCAUCUGGGUCCGAGAACAAGCACAUGGCCGGGCAUGGAACUUGCCGAACCUCGAGGGAUUUCGCAUCAAGCACAGUGACGAUGACAACGAUGACCAUUGGGAACACAAAGACGGGAUGUCACUAUCCAAUCCCAUUGUGGCCAAAGAGUUGAUGAUUCCUUUGUCCAGCCCCAAUCUUGAGGAGUUUUGUUUUGAUCGAUGCGAUGCGGUCGACUCACAAUUACCUGUGCUGAAGAAGCUCAGAUAUCUUGGUGCCCAGAACGUCUUCCUCAAAUACAAAGAGCUGGAAAGUAUCUUGAAAAUGAGUAGCAACCUGGAGAUCUUCUCUUAUUACUCAGCCUCUUUAGUAGAUACGUGGAGAGAAAGAAACGUCUACAACUUCCAAGAGAGCGAAGCAUGGGGCACCGAAGCCUGCCCCUAUGAGGUCACACCCAGAGAGAUGUCGAUCCUGUUGCUAAGACACAAGAAGACACUCCGCACCAUUCACAUUUUUCGACGCAGCUUCGAACUUGACGAAGAGCCUACCAUCUUGUCGCUGACUCGCUUCAAGGAACUCAAGUACCUUCUUCUUUGGGGCAAUGGCCUCUUAAACCCGUACAGCCCGACGUACUACCCCAGUGGUGUAUAUCGGCAUAGCGUUCUCCAACCCAUUCUUCCUGAGAAAAUUGUGAGCGUCACGAGCAACGACUUCAAGUAUUUCGACAUUCUCAACCUAAGCGCCGAGCUUGAGAAUGGAGAACAACCCUGCCUAAGAAAUCUGUGGAUUCCGAAUUGGCCAGACAUGGAACUUUCAGCAGCAGAAGAGAGAUAUGCGGACCCAAUUCUACCCUUUGGACAUGCUCUGGUGGCCAGGAACAUCAGAUGUGGACCGAUACAGAGCCAAGCUUCCGCCGCUUCGAGAUUCAAAAGUUGUACCCCAGGCAAACAGGAUGACAACAGCAAUUCAGUCUACUGCUGCCCUGGAGACGGGCUACCGCUACUGGACCAACUUUUUUCGAACAUUGGUGAAGAUUACGCUGGAUGA